AUCCUGCUAGAGUUCUCUAAUGUCGCACUUGAGUUUGUCUUCUUUCGCCGUUUGUGAGAUCUCAGAAAAUUGAUAUUAUUUGAACAUCAAUUGCUGAAAUUAUCAGAUAAAAUACGUCUUCGACAAACAUUGCUCGUCGAAGGACCAACCGUUCGGAAUAUAGGACUACGAAGGGCGUACGGGCGAAACGGCACGAGGGUGGAAAGAGUGACGAAACUCGGUGAAAGAGCUGGACGGGACGACCCCGACACGACGGGGCGAGGGAUGGAGUUGGCUGAAGGCGCUAUCGGCCGUGAAUAAUGCGCGGUGGCGUCCACAUCUCGUGCAUGUUCGUGCGUUCGAUUUGGCGACUCGGCUGGAUGGAUUGAUAAAGAUUAAAGCGUCCCGAUGUGCAUGUGUCGAGAUACGCGCGGUGCUCUCAGCGAAGCGGAAAAGCAGAAGGAAAAUCGGGGAAGACGAAACGUGCGGACGUACAUGGAACCAGAUAUGUCAGUAUUUAAACAUGAAGAGAGAAAACUGUCCAAGUCAAUUCUCCACUCGCAUCGCUCGGGGCGCUCGCGGGCGGUCGCUACGCCCCUGUCGUUGAUUGCGGCCGACGCACACGUCGACGUUGACGCAGGGGAAUGCGACGCAGGUAGGGGAUGUGGCGACGGCACGGCACAUCGGACAGACGGAUAUAUAGCACACACACGAAUCGCUCGAGGAUAACAUCUCGCGGCCCAGGAAGAGCGAGCGACAGAGCGGGGGUCUGUGCGUUGUCGACGCGGGAAGGGGCAGGGGCGAGGGGCGAGAUAGCGGCGACACACCGUAGGCGGAGGGCGCAGGGGAGAGAUUUCAUCGGCCGGUAACCGCCAGGGUUGAGGGCGUGUAGGGGGAAGGGAGGGUCGAAAGAGGAGCGGAGGGAGACUCCAGCGUGUCCAUCCUCGUCCUCCGUCCGUCGAGGGUGGUGGGGAGAAGCUUCUAGUGGGGAUGAACCACGGUCUAACGUGGUGGGGAGGGAGACCGACGCAUGGCAGCGAGCGGGUGGCGGCGACCCACGCGAGAGGGAGAGAGAGAGAGAGGAAGCGAGAAGAGAGAAAGAAAAAAGAAGCAUGGGGGCGGUGGCUGCUACGGCUACACGGCCGCCAUCACCAUCCGUCCCAUCCUAUAGUGAACUCCAAAGCACAGUCCCCGAUCUGUCUCCGUGUGUGUUAGUUAGGGAAUCGCGUUCUACCGGUGCUUCUAGCUUCUCUACUCGGCGCGAGGCUGCUAGUAACGCACCGUACUGUUCUGCCUCGUUACCUGCUCUCUCGCUUCUCUCUGCUAUGCCCUGACAACGCUCGUCCGCCUGUCUUGGCUCUCUUUUUUCACUCUUUCUCACCUCUCACCCUUCUGGUCACUUCUUACUUUCCUCGCGCCGUCCGACUUUUCCCGAUUUAUCAUUUAUCACCGUUCUCUUUGUUCUCUUCACUUGCUAUUCCUACGUGCGUGUCGUCGUUGUCUGCCUUCUCUCUUCUGCCGAGAUCACUACCUGGUGCGCUCCCGUUUUCCUUUCUCUCCCGCAUCCGUGGUACGUGAGUCGUGAAAACGAGAGUCUUAUUCAAGAAAACGAAGGUGCUUCUGGUGAAGCAAGGGAACGAGAAGGGGGAGGAAGAAGAGGAGGAGGAGAAGGAGAAGAAAGAGGAAGAGGUGGUGGAGAAGGAGGAGAACAACAAGAAGGAGGAGGAGGCAAAAAAGUAGGAGAUGGAAGAGGAGAAGAAAGAAGAAGCGAUAGAAGAGAAAUAAGAGAAAGAAACGUACAUUUUCUCGUAGGCGAUAUUCCUGUGAAUACGCCCGAGGUGCUCCGACGGUCGCCUCUCCCCUUUUCAUUCUUUCUCCCUCCCUUUUUCUUUCUCUUCCUCUCGCACUGCAUUUUGUUUUCCCUCUCUCUCUCUCUCCCUCAUACACAUAUACAGAAGCCCGUUUUCUCUCUCUCUCCCCCUUCCUCUCCCUCUCCUUACGGUGUUUCACACGCGUCCGCACGAUCUCGCGAGAUAUACGGGCGCGCGCGCGCGCGCACACGCGGGUGUAAUGAUUAUUUACAAAGCGCAGUCCGGCCGCGGUUAGCGCGUUUCAACCGUCCACCGUCUCUCGGCUACGAUCACGGCAACGAUCCACCAUCGCCGACGGCGACUGCGAGACGCGAGGGAAGCGCGAGGGAGAGGAGCCGGAGGAGUGCCGUGCACCACGAGUGACGCGCCGGACGAGUGACGUUCCGGAGCACCCGAAUUCCUCGCGCCCGUGGGAUCCCCCGAGGAGGAUGGGCCACCAUUGCGCGUGAACGGUCCACCGCAUCGUCACCACGCAUCUCGCUGCAUCGGCCGUGAAACGCAUCGCCGCGACGCGACUCCUUCGCAGACGAGGGGUGCGGAGCAGAACGGGUGCUGGACCAGCAACUCGGCGCUACUCCGGCUGGAAUUCUCCGUCCCGUCUCCGAGCCGCCGUGCUCGUCUCUUCCCGCACGGUCGCACAGUCUUCCUCCCCUCGUGUUCUGUGCUCUUCGUCGUCGACGCGUCUCCUUCGAUUGUGGGACAGGCGCGACCUUGCUCUGACAGUGACAGCGCGACCGAGAGGCUCUCCGUCUGGGAAUAACGCCUCCACCUUCAGUUGGUGCAGCAACUAUUGCUGGUGCUGCUUCGCGCGCUUUUAAUGUCCAUCGCCGGCAGCAAUCGUCGCGAAUCGUCGUCGCGUGGCAGUGCGUUGCUCUUCCUCGUGGCCGAGCAGAUCGGCAUCGCGACGGCCAACGUCAUCGCCGUUCCCGUGAUCGUGACGAAUGAGAUGAAACCGAUUCGUCGUCCCGAUCCACGUCCCAGGUAGACCGCAGGAUCGGAUAUAUAUCGGAAUGGUAGCGAGGGCGGCAGGGAGAGACGCAGAUGCCCGAGUGAUAAGGGAGUGAUAACGGUGGAUCGGCCACACGCGCACGCGCGCGCGAGACGAGGUAAUGUCGAGGACAGCGAUUCAAGCUGAAAGUAUAUAAGACGAAGAAGCGAGGAGGAAGAAGAAGAAGUCGCAGUGAUGAUGAUGACGAUGACGCGCCGCUGUGCCUUAGAACGUCUAUGGACAACGAACUCGUGAGGCGAAGAUCGAGCUGACGCCCUCUCCCCCGCCGGAAGAGUGGAACCUGGCCGCGACGUCGAGGAGCCGGAGCCAGAGCUGGAGGAGGAGGAAGAGGAGGAAGAGGAGGAGGAGGAGCCGCCGGACGUAACCCUCGAGGCACCGGCUCGUGCGAAUAUGAGCAUGACUCUCGUUCGAAAUUCGUUCAAAGGCUGCAGCGAGGACGACGCAGGUGUCGUGGAUACGGAGGUGGGCGGAGGUUGCGCGGGUGGAGCGCCAACCGCAGGAGGUGGAAGCGCUGCCAGCGAUGGUGGAGGAGGUGGUGGUAGCGUAGGGACGCGCGGGGGUGGUGGUGGCGGCAGCGAGGGCGGAUCAUCCGCGAAGCAGCAGCAGCAGCAGCAGCAGGGUGGCGAGAGGUGUCCUCAGUGCGGCAUCCUCUGUCGGGACGUUCGUGUCCUGCAGCUUCACCUCGAGGACGCGCACAAAACGUCCUAUUCCCUCGACAAGCACGAGGCCCAGUUCUCCCAAGUGUCCUGCCAGGUGUGCAAGAAAACCUUCGCCAACGUCUACCGACUACAGAGGCACAUGAUUAGCCAUGACGAGAGUGUCGGUCUACGAAAGUUCAAAUGUCCUCAUUGCGAGAAAGCCUUCAAGUUCAAGCAUCACCUUAAGGAACACCUACGCAUUCACAGCGGUGAGAAGCCAUUCCAAUGUACCAAUUGCGGCAAGCGUUUCUCUCAUUCUGGGUCGUACUCGAGCCACAUGACAGCGAAGAAAUGUUUGAUCAUGAACCUGAAGAAGUCGAGGCAAAACACCAUAAGCAACGUCGAUCGGGGACCGAAGAAGGCGCAUCAGCCGUUAUCGGUGCGACGCGACGUCGAUCUGUUGGCAGCCAACAAUAACACGUUCCUGCCGAUUCUGCCGAAACUGUCGCCAUCGGAUUACCAGGAGCUACAGAGGGAGGGAGCAGGUAUUUACGACGUGCCAACCUUGCUGCCUCAGAUGAUGGGAUUCGGAAAUUACUUCCUGCAGUCCUCGCUGGGCAAGCUGCUGAGUCAAUUGCACUCGAAGCGACUCGACGAGAUAACUGAACACUUUGAAACGCAUCGAGAAGUGAUGAGUCCAUCGACAGCGGAUUCCGAAGGGACAGAAGGCACGGAGGGCAAAGAGUCCCCCGCACCAGCGGAUUCGAUGCAGGGUCUUGACGCAGUCAGGCGGAUUCUGGAAACCGUCAACACCUCCGUUACGAAGCAGCUGCUCGAGGCGAAUGUGCGGAAGCUCUCUACCUCGCCGGCUACGAUGAAGCGAGAGUCCGAGGAGGAUUAUCAAGAUCAGGACAGCGAAAUAUCCAGUGAGAUGACGCAUUCUAUGGAUUGGACCACGACGGACCAAUACGACUCGCAGAGCGAGGGUUUAGCAGCGAAGCUAGAAAACGUCAAUCAACCGUCGAGAGGCAGCAAGAAAAAAACAGAGGACAGUUCGGAGGUAGACUCGGAAGAUGAGGACGACGGCAGCCAAACUCACAACGACAACGGUAGAAGAGUUCGAGCUAGGUCGCUCAUAGAUGAUGAACAAUUGGCCAUUCUGAAGGGUUACUACGCCAUUAAUCCGCGACCGAAGAGAGAAGAGAUCGUCAUGAUCGCCAAUUACAUCAAGUUUCCUACCCGUGUCGUACAGGUCUGGUUCCAAAAUUCUCGAGCCAGAGAUCGAAGAGAGUGCAAGAUGCCACCAGCCUUGGUGCCUAUAGCAGCUUCGUGUCCUGUCGAGCAGCCCUUGGACCUGUCCAAGAAGGUGGCGUUUGCUAUAUCGACGGCUAAGGAAAACGACACGUCGAAUAGGAACACCUUGUCGCCCUGCGAGCAGAAGGAUGAUAAUCCAGCCCCGAACGUCGACAACGACGACCUCGAGGAUUCGCCUCUCGUUAUAGAUGAGGAGACCACUGCUGAUCCCGUUGAAGCCAAGUUUACGCCUCCCAGUAGAGAAACAAGCACAAAGAACCAAAGUCAAACAAACGUGAAAAAUGAAAGUGAAGCUGCACCGCAACCGGAAGCGACUCCUACAGCGACGGAAACCGAGCAGGGUGUUUAUUACUGUGAUCGCUGUGACAAAACAUUUUCCAAGCACAGUUCCCUCGCGAGACACAAGUACGAACAUUCCGGGCAAAGGCCGUACAAAUGCGUGGAGUGUACAAGAGCGUUCAAGCACAAGCAUCAUCUGACUGAACACAAGCGGCUGCACAGCGGCGAAAAGCCCUUCCAGUGCACCAAGUGCCUCAAGCGCUUCUCUCACUCCGGCUCCUAUAGCCAGCACAUGAAUCACCGUUACUCUUACUGCAAGCCCUACAGAGAAUAGGAGUACUCCGCCUGCUCACCCAAGGCUCGCUCGCUUACCUAGGUAUACUAUACAACGCGCAGUUUCGUUCUGUUCUAGGAUUUCCUUCUCUUACCUGUAAGUUCGCCCUUCGAGAUUCCCUAUAGCGCGACAAAACGCUAGAACCGCCUUUAUACCUUUUCCUCUCGCGGCGUGAACUUUAAUGCCGCGAGGCUACAAGUAUAAAUACGAUAUAAUAUAAUUGCAUAACACGCUGCGCGACAUCACAUUAUGAUAAAUAAUGAAAGGCGCUAUCGGUGACCGGCUCGUACUUCGACAAAGAAAAGGAAAUCGAGAAAAGUGGGUUUAGGCGAUACGAGAUUCAAGGAACAAAACGCCCGAAGUAUACACUAGUUGCGACUGAAGUAAGAAAACAAAAAACUCUUUGCACUCACGUUGUAUCGCCUGAAUCGGCUUUAGAUUUUAUUAAACUUGUUCUCUAGAGUUACGAAAGGAAAGAGGCGAGUAAAUUGCCAGUGGAGGCGAAAGAAACUACUACUCGCGGUAAGCGCGAGUCGACAAAUAAACCAAACGCAUGUAACGGUACCAAAAAGCAUAAUGCAAUAAUCUAUUAUAUAUAUAUAUAUAUAUAUGAUAUAAUAUACAUAAUAUUUUAGUAUUUUUAUUAACAAAAUAUUAUAUAUACCAUGACAAUAAUAAGCAAACUAAUUAAUGUACAAAUUUGUUAGCCACGUCCGCAUGAGGAGCGCGAUGUCCAUUCGCAAACCUAUUAAUGAUAAUAAUGAUAAUGUACAUGAGCUAGAGAUUCGAGACGUUCGGUACGGAACGCGUAACGACGACAACUAAUGUGUCCGUGGAGUAACGUAUGAUCACGAUGAAGUAAUUCCCGAAGCUCAGGUUCCAAUGAUAAUUCAGAUCAGCAGGAAUGGAGAUCGCGCGUAGCGUAAAAGGAGCAAAGAUGACUAUACUGAGUUUUACUGAAUCAAAUAUGUCUGGAGUACAGCUGUUAAUUGAGCUUAACGUUACGAAGAAACUUUGUCGUAAAAAGACGGAGAUUAGAAUUUCAUGUUCCGCCUCCUUACAAUGAAUAACUUCACUCGAUGAAAAAGGCUAUAUUAUUAUUAUUAUAUUAUUAUUAUUAUAUAUUAUUAUGCAUGUAUAGAAAGACGAGAGAAAGAGAGAGAGAGAGAGAGAAUGUGCGUGUGUAUGUUGUGUGUAUGUGUGAAAAAGGAUGAGGGAUAGAGGAAUGUGGGUUUGAAGGGCCAUGCGGAUCGGUGAUCGGUGUUAUGCGAGAGGUCUUUUACUGGGAGAGAACUUUUUUUGUACUUACAAGGGGUGGCAAGUUGACGCGUUAUUCCUAUAAUAAUAAUAAUGUAACGUGAUUGUUGUUCUCGAAACGAUGCAGAUACGAUGGUGCGUCGUGGAGUGCGCUACACAUUCCGCGAGGAUCCGUUUUCCAGGGCCUCCACAUUACUUUUAUUUAAUAGCUUCCUCCUCUUUUUGCAACGAACAGUAGACAGCACUAAUUAAAUGGGUACCGCGUGGCACUUUUCAUCGGAAAUCCUGAUCUCUCUUUCGCCAGAUAGCACAAACGAAAGCCUCUCGAAACACGCCGGAUUUCGUUUCACAGGAUCCUAAAUUUUUAGUCUUUCCAAGAAGCAAGCGCAAAAGUUCAAAAGACGUAUCCGAGAAAUGUCCGGGCGAGUCCGGUUUUACUCACGUUUCUAUUCACGUUUGUGUUGCCUGGUGGAAAGGCGCGACGAGGAGCGCGAAUUGCGCACCGGGGUAAAUCUCGCAGUAAUCUCUUCACCAAAAUCCGGGGCCCGAAAAUAAAACCGUAAACACCUAAGUAUGAUAUUAAAUGCUUCCAAUAUUGUACUAUUAAAAUUAUUAUAUAUAUUACGGCGUUUAUAUGAUUUUAUUCGUUCGGACGCGUAGAUAAGGAUGCGUAUAUUAUAUAUACUCUACAGAUUGAUAAUACUCGAGAAUGUAUUUUAUAACAGUUUAUGCGUCUUUUUAUUUACACGAGUACCACACAGGUGAUAGGUGAUAUUGUUAUUGAUAAAAAAAAAAACGAAAAACGGGAUAAAGGCGGGAAGAGAGAAAGAUGAGAUAUACAGAAUAUAUUACCGUAUUAUUGAAGAAAUUUUGUGCCAUUGUGCGUGUGUGUGUGUGUGUGUGUGUGGUGUGUGUGCGCGCGGCAUACGGCAAACCGGUACGUCACGGUUGUACUUCCUCGGCGUUUCGCGUGUGUAUGUAUAGAAGCUUCGGUUAUCCGCGACAGGCAUCGUGUUCUACCACUACCACUCCACGUAAAGAAAAGAAAAAAACACAAAAGAAGAAAAGAGGGAAAGAAAGACGAAGAAAAAAUAUGCAGAUAUAAUGCUUAUAAUACUCAUUUAUUAUAGCGUUAACGAUUAAGAAAUAUAUUUUUAUAUAAUUAUAAUGUAAUAUUAUAUACGAAUAGUACACUAAUCGGAUCGAGCAGCGGACUAAUCGACUGCAUCCGGUCUCUUCCUUACAUCCGACAGGCAGGCACAUGGAAUUAUCGCGCGUAGUCUCUCUCUACGCGAACUGUUCGUUCGUUCGUUCUCUCAUUCAAUCACAGCCACGUGUAAUUCCGCAACGAAAUUCUCAAACGCGCAUCUCUCGCUCAGUUUUAAGUCGCGCGUUUAGUCGUUCCUAACUGCAUCCGCUCGUCAGUGAUUCGAUGCAUUUUCUACGCCGUAUCUUCUGCAUUUCUCACUCCCGUAAAUGUCUUCCCAAUGAUUUCGUCUUAUUUCCUCUGUUCCCGGAUUUAACUCGCGUUUCUCCGGAAACAAGCGCGAUUAUCUCGAGUUUUCUUCCGCCACACAUGUUCACGAAUGUUCACGCUGGGAAUCGGAAGAGCGAUGCGAUUGCGAUAAAUGGACCCCGAUUAAGUUCAGCACGCUCAAUAAAAAAUUACAACCGUCGAUCGGCAUUCUCUCGCUUCUCGAGAGCGAUUCUCCGAGUGACUUCACUUGACCAACAACGGGUUAGAACUUGAGGAGGAAAAGGCAGGAAAAACUUACGAAGACAAUAUUAUAUAUAUACGUAUAGAUAAUAUAUAUAUAAAGUAUAUUAUUAUAUAUUUCCUCCGCGAUUCGGGAGCUUUUGCGGCCCGCUUGCCUCAAUAUAUGUACGUACUACUAAAUAAUGAAAUAGAAAAAAAAAGAGUUCAAGCGUAUGUAAGUCGCGCGCCAAGCUUUUGUGCACCGAUAAUAAUAAUUAUCUCCCGAAUAUCGAAUUAACAAUAACGAGAUAGAAGCAAGGGACAGUACGGAUGAUACCUAAGAAAGUGAUAUAUGCGGGAAAGAGCAGGAGCGAUGAAAAUUGUUAUGAUUGUUGAAGCAACGAUUUAAUAAGCACCAUACGAUGCCUUCCGUGAACGACCGAGCUUGCCUGGUUGCCAAAAAAACGAAACGAAAAA